UGUAGCUGCCACAGCGGGACCAACACCCUGACCCUGUCAUGGAUGGGGGCGAGGGGCCCAGACUCAGAGACUUCCUGAGUGGGAGCCUGGCCACCUGGGCGCUGGGACUGGCCAGCCUGGUGGGAGAGGCGGAGGAGCCUGAGGGGGAAGAGGAGGAGGAAGGAGAGGGGCCCCUUUGCCCGGAGAAGAGGUUCCUGCAUCUCAUCGAUGGGGCCCUGCUGCUCCGGGUGCUGGGCAUCGUAGUUCCCAGUUCCCGAGGGGGACCUCAGACGGUCAGGGGCCACGAUGGCCCCGCAGCCUGGCGAGUGCGCAACCUGAACCACCUGUGGGGCCGUCUGAGGGACUUCUACCAGGAGGAGCUGCAGCUGCUGAUCCUGUCGCCACCCCCAGACCUCCAGACGUUGGGGUUUGACCCCUUCUCAGAGGAGGCAGUGGAGGAGUUGGAGGGCAUCCUUCGGCUGUUGCUGGGGGCGUCAGUGCAGUGCGAGCACCGGGAACUCUUCAUCCGACACAUCCAGGGCCUCAGCCUUGAAGUCCAGAGCGAGUUGGCUGCUGCCAUCCAGGAGGUGACCCAGCCUGGGGCCGGUGUGGUGCUGGCGCUGGCUGGGCGGGAGCCUGGGGAGCUGGAGUCCCGGGAGCUGGAGGUGCUGUUCCGGAGCCUGAUGGGGACGUUGUUAAGGCUGGCGCGGGAGCGCGAUGUGGGGGCCCAGCGCUUGGCUGAACUGCUGCUGGAGAGACAGGCGUCCCCCUUGCUGCCCGAGACCCCUGCUAGGACUCCUCCAGAGGCCCCCUCACACCACCUGGGCCUGCAGCUGGCCAACACCAAGGCCCAGCUGCGGCGCCUGCGGCAGGAGCUGGAGGAGAAGGCCGAGCUGCUGCUAGACUCCCAGGAGGAGGUGCAGGGCUUGGAGGCCGAGAUCCGAAGGCUCCGCCAGGAGGCCCAGGCGCUGUCGGGGCAGGCCAAGCGGGCCGAGCUGUACCGCGAGGAGGUCCAGGCGCUGCGGGAGCGGGCCGGCCGCCUGCCCCGCCUGCAGGAGGAGCUGCGACGCUGCCGAGAGCGGCUGCAGGCGGCGGAGGCCUGCAAAAGCCAGCUGGAGGAGGAACGGGCGCUCUCGGGAGCUCUGGAAGCCUCCAAGGCGCUCCUGGAGGAGCAGCUGGAGGUGGCUCAAGAGCGCUGUGCCCGGCUGCACGAGACCCAGCGUGAGAACCUGUUGCUGCGGACCCGUUUGGGCGAGGCCCAUGCGGAGCUGGACUCUCUGCGGCAUCAGGUGGACCGGCUGGCAGAGGAGAACGUGGAGCUGGAGCUGGAGCUGCAGCGGAGCCUGGAGCCACCCCUGGGCUCUCCUGGGGAGGCACCCCCACCCGGAGCAGCUCCGUCCCUUCACGACGAAGUGAGAGAGGCAGAGGCCGGGCGGCUGCGGACCCUGGAGAGGGAGAAUCAGGAGCUUCGGGACCUGCUACAGGUGCUACAGGGGCAGCCUGGUGGCCAGCACCCCCUGCUGGAGGAGCAGAGCGAGGACGCCUUGCUUCCAGAGCCGGAUGGGGCUCCCCAGGCUUGCCUGGCCUCACACCGUGGCCCCCAGGGUUUGGCCAGCCAGGUCGGGGACGAAGGCACCCAGGCCUUGGACCUGGCUCCGCCCGUAUCAGACUCGGCCCUUGAGAGAUUACCUGUGUGUCCCCAGGCACUGGACUCAGGCCCACAGGUGAUGGGGAGGCCCCUCCAGAUGGCCGCCAUGGCCCCUCAGGCCUCAGACUUGACCCUCCAGGGAUCGGGGCCUGCUGUAGCGACCCAGGAGUCCCCAGAGGAGGCUGGCCCCGGAGCCCUUGUCCAGACUCCCGCCUCUGUGGUCCCACCUCAAGCUCCAGGGCCUGUAAUUCAGGCUGAGCUGUUGGGAGGAGAGACUGGAGAGUCAGGGCCUGAAGUCCAGGUGCGGAGACAGGGGGGCCCUGCGAGCAAGCCUGGACCCUCGGAGCUCGGCCCCUGUGCGCAACUGGAGGAGCAGGAGACCCCAGGCCAAGGGCCGACCCUACCCCAGGGGCAGAUAGAGGCCAGGCCGCAUGACCCGAAGCUGGAGGGGAGGGUUGGGGACCCAGCCCCGCAGACUCUGCAGCAGAAGUCGGAAGGGGCUUCAGAGCCCCAGCCCUGGGAAGGAUCGAUCCCUGGGGAGAUCCCGGCUGGCGGGGUCCCGGAGCAGGAGGCCCUGAGGGCGGAGGUGGCGCAGCUGAGGAGAGAGGCCGAGGCCCUCAGAGCGGAGCUAGAGGCCCAGGCCCGGAGGCUGGAGGCCCGAGGCGCGGAGGCGGCUCAUCUCUCCGAGGAGCUGGCUCAGGCACAGAAGGCAGAGGCCGAGGCCCAUCGGGAGGUGGAGGCGCAGGCCCGGGAGCAGGCGCGGCUGCGGGACGCAGUGGAGGCAGCUGGCCUCGAGCUGGAGGCUGCAUCGCGGGAACGGGAGGCCCUGGCGGAGGCCCUGGCGGCGUCGGGCCGAGAGCGGAGGCAGUGGGAGCGCGAGGGGCCCAGACUGAGGGCCCGGGCCGAGGCCGCCGAGGAGCGGCUGCAGGUGCUGGAGAGCGAAGGCCGUCAGCGGCUGCAGGAGGCCGACAGGGAGAGGCAGGCCCUCAAGGAGGAGCUAGAGAAGGCUGUGCUGCGCGGCCAGGAGCUGGGGGCCCGGCUGGAGCAGCUGCAGGGUGAGCUCGCACAGGCGGCUCUGGAGCGCCGGGAGUUUCAGCGGGAACAGGAGAUCCAGCAGCAGAGGUACCAGGGCCUGGAGCAGCGGCUAGAGGCUGAGCUGCAGGCGGCGGCCACCAGCAAGGAGGAGGCGCUGAGGGAGCUCAAGACGAGGGCCCAGCAGCUGGAACAGGAGCUGGUUCGGUUGCGCCAGGGCCCGGUAGGGCUGGGGCCGGAGGGGCCCGAUGAGCGGAGGACCCCGGGGGCCCAGAGCGGGCGGCUCAUCGAGAUGGAGCGCAGCAAUGCAACUCUGGUGGCCGAGAAGGUGGCUCUGCAGGGGCAGCUGCAGCAGCUGGAGGGGCAGUUGGGCAGCCUGCAGGGCCGGGCCCAGGAGCUCCUGCUGCAGAGUCAGCGGGCGCAGGAGCACAGCAGCCGCCUGCAGGCUGAGAAGUCUGUACUGGAGAUGCAGGGCCAGGAGCUGCACAGGAAGCUGGGGGUGCUGGAGGAGGAGGUGCGGGCGGCGCGGCAGGCCCACGAGGAGACCCGGGGGCAGCAGCAGGCUCUGCUUCGGGACCACGAGGCCCUGGCGCAGCUGCAGCGGCGGCAGGAAGCCGAGCUAGAGGGGCUGCUGGCGCGGCACCGCGACCUCAAGGCUAACAUGCGGGCGCUGGAGCUGGCCCACCGGGAGCUGCAGGGCCGGCACGAGCAGCUGCAGGCGCAGAGGGCCAACGUGGAGGCGCAGGAGGUGGCCCUGCUGGCGGAGCGAGAGCGCCUGAUGCAGGACGGGCACCGGCAGCGGGGCCUGGAGGAGGAGCUGCGGAGGCUGCAGAGUGAGCACGACAGGGCUCAGAUGCUGCUGGCAGAGGUGUCACGGGAGCGAGGCGAGCUGCAGGGUGAACGCGGGGAGCUGCGGGGCCGCCUGGCGCGGCUGGAGCUGGAGCGCGCGCAGCUGGAGGUGCAGAGCCAGCGGCUGCGGGAGUCCAACCAGCAGCUGGACCUGAGCGCCUGCCGGCUGACCACGCAGUGCGAGCUGCUGACCGAGCUCCGGAGCGCCCAGGAGGAGGAGAACCGGCAGCUGCUGGCUGAGGUGCAGGCGCUGAGCCGGGAGAACCGGGAACUCCUGGAGCGCAGCCUGGAGAGCCGAGAUCACCUGCACCGGGAGCAGCGGGAGUACCUGGACCAGCUGAACGCCUUGCGCCGUGAGAAACAGAAGCUGGUGGAGAAGAUCAUGGACCAGUACCGAGUGCUGGAGCCUGGGCCCCUGCCCCGGACCAAGAAGGGCAGCUGGUUGGCAGACAAGGGUCCCUUUCACCGGCACCCAUGCGCAGAGCCCAGAGCUCUCUCUGCCUGCGGGAUGAGACCCUGGCAGGGGGGCAGCGGAGGAAACUCAGCUCUCGAUUCCCUGUGGGGCGGAGCUCGGAAUCAUUCAGCCCUGGGGACACCCCCAGGCAACGAUUCCGCCAGCGCAGGCCCGGCCUUCUCGGGGCACCCAGCUCCCGAGGCAAAGGACCUGGCGUGGGGUGGGAUGGCUCCGUCGAGACCCUGUCAGAACACGAAGCAGAUGCCAACGGAGAGGGCCUCGAGGUGCCGGAGCCGGAGAAACGCCCUCUCACCCCUUCGCUCAGCCAGUGACGCCCCAUGGACGGGGGGCUUGGGAGUGAAGUCUUCUCACUGCUGGAGUCCCAGUGGGGGCCCCAGGCAGCCCAAGAAUUCAGGGACCCGGACCACGUGCAGCCAGUCCUUAGGGGCCCCUGGCUCCUCCGAGGCCUGCACCGGGGCGCUGAGAUGGUGCUGGGAGAAGCCUGUGGACAGAGGGGAUAGCUGGUCCCCAGGGGCGGCUCCUUCCUGGGACCCCGGCUCUGCCCUGCGGCCCUCACUGAGGAGGCCAUCUCUGGGUGACACCCCAGCUGAAGGACACAGGCAGGAGUGGCCGAGAGAGCCCCCUGCCAGGUAUUGGCAGAGAGCCAAGGACCAUUCGCCGAGGACAGUGGCCUGGGCCGAUCUCUGAGCUGUAGCGGGGACAUGAGAGACGAGAAUAAAGCUGGGAUAUGACCCUGA